AAAAAAUGGCGGAAAUUUUAAAAUAAAUACCUAGGCUAUAAAUUAAAGCAGCGUGCAAAUAUAUUCUGAUAAGCUAAAAGUAAACUAACAGAAUGAGGAUGGUUGAACCUAACGGGAUUUCGUCUGGUUGCCAAGACGGUCUUUCAGAAACAAUAUCUAGUAGAAACAUGGUAAACGAUAGCUCAAUGAAGAAUGUUUUAUUCUUCGAUGAAGAACAAACUGCAAAGUUCACAUGUACAGAAUGCAAAAAGUAUUUUUAUAAUGCAGUAGCUCUACAGAACCAUAUAAAAAUGCAGCAUGAUGCGAGCGAUCGAAAAUGCGUAGAGUCACAAAAGCGAUACGUUGAAGAGAAUUUCAAAGAUCUAUGUGGUUUUAAGUUUAUUCCACUACCGGAUAAUGAAUCGAAGAAUAUUGGCACACAUACCGGUGUGACGUCUCGUAUCUUCACCGAGGACACCACGUAUUUGAUAGUGAAGGUGGAAGGCAUCGACAUGGAAAUGGAAGCCCUCAAGAAGGCUCAUCAUAAUGGCAAUAAGAAAAAUAACAUCAGACCUAUUAAGCCUCCCGUGGAUUUGAGAGGUCCAUUUACUUGCACAUUUCGUUCAAUCCUUCGUCCUGACCUACAAUGCCGUCAAAUAUUUUUCAAUUGUUGCGAUUAUUCUACGCAUUAUCGCGAAGAACACACUAAGAGACGAAAUGCCGCCCUGCGAUGUCAAGUUUGUGAGAAACGCUUGGAUAACGAUAACGAUAAUAUACAGAGCAACACUAUAGCGGCUCAAUUCCAACCAGUGAGUCAUUACACAUUUUCGUGUCGGAUUUGUGGUCAAACUUUUCUGGAUAGUGCCCAGUUCGAUGAGCACAAUCGCAUCGUUCACGCAAAGUCUAAACCCCACCAGUGCACUAUUUGCGCAAAGCGGUUUACGCAACAAGGCGGACUGCAACAGCAUAUGCGCAUGCACACGGGAAUAAGACCUUUCGUUUGCACUUAUUGUCCUAAAGCUUUCACUCAGAAGGCCGGCUUAGACCAACAUCUCCGUACUCAUACUAAAAUUAAACCUUUCAAAUGCGUCAUAUGCAGCAAAUGCUUCUCUCAAUCGGUUCACUUGAGGCAGCAUAUGCGAACGCACACGAACAUACAACCGUUCGAAUGUUCUGUCUGCGGCCGAAGGUUUAAGCAGAGCAGCCAUCUGAACUUUCACACGCGCUCCCACGUCGUCGGUGCUAGUUCUCUCGAUAUAGAGAAAUAUGCCCAAGCGAUGCCACAUCAGAAUCAAAUGGAAUUUCUAAAUUUGUCUAACCUUCAACCGGUCCAGGAUGGAGAGACGUUGUACUACGCCGCGGAGUUAGCGGAACCUAUGCCCAUCAAUCAUAUCCAGGAUCCGUUUUCUUAUCAACCGCAAGUUAUGCUUCCUGAACACAUGCUUUCUAUUUAGAAUAUUUUUUAUAAUUAUUAUGGUAUUGUAAUACGUUCACGCUGUCUUGCUAACGUUUGAUCAUAGAUUUGUAAGAUUAAAAUGUUCAAUUUAAU